UCUCAAGCUGCAGCCGCCAGGGGACGCCAGGUCUAGAUUGAGACGUAGGUGCGGACGCAAGCUCCGUACGCAUGCGCUUUGUGUCCUCCCAGCCAACAUGGCUCCGGUGGAGCACGUUGUGGCGGACGCCGGGGCUUUCCUGCGGGACGCGGCUCUGCAGGACAUCGGGAAAAACAUUUACACCAUCCGGGAGGUGGUCAGCGAGAUUCGGGACAAGGCGACGCGCCGGCGCCUGGCCGUGCUGCCCUACGAACUACGCUUCAGGGAGCCGCUGCCAGAGUACGUGCGGCUGGUGACCGAAUUUUCAAAGAAAACUGGAGACUAUCCCAGCCUCUCCGCCACAGAUAUCCAAGUGCUGGCCCUCACAUACCAGUUGGAAGCUGAGUUUGUUGGGGUGUCUCACCUAAAACGAGAACCAGAAAAGGUUAGGGUGAGCUCCUCGAUUCAGCACCCAGAAACCCCGCUGCACAUCUCAGGCUUCCACCUCCCCUCCAAGGUGAGCCUUCAGCGCCCCCUGCUGCUCAAACUGCUGCAUUCACCUGGACUGUAUAAACCCCCGCAAGAAACAGUAGCCUGUGGCCCUCCAGCCGGUGAGCCAGAGCACCCGGAAUUCAGCUCCUUCCUGUUCUGGAGGAACCCCCUGCCAAAUAUCGACCUCGAGCUACAGCAGCUGCUGAUUGACAGGGGGGAGGAGGAGGAAGAAGACAAUGGUUCUGAAGAAAGUCACGGCGAAGACAGUGACGACGAUGACGGGGGUGGCUGGAUAACCCCAAGCAACAUCAAGCAGAUCCAGCAGGAGCUGGAGAAGCGUGACAUCCCAGAGGGUGUGCGCGUUGGCUGUGUGACCACGGACUUUGCCAUGCAGAACGUGCUGCUGCAGAUGGGGCUGCGCGUGCUGGCUGUGGACGGCUUGCUGAUCCGAGAGGCCCGGAGCUACAUCCUGCGCUGCCACGGCUGCUUCAGGACCACGUCCGACAUGAGCCGGGUGUUCUGUGCACACUGUGGGAACAGGACGCUGAAGAAAGUGUCCGUGACCGUGAGUGAGGACGGCACCCUGCACAUGCACUUCUCCCACAACCCCAAGGUGCUGAACCCGCGAGGCCUCCGGUACUCGCUCCCCAUGCCCAAAGGGGGCAAAUACACUGUCAACCCCCACCUGACGGAGGACCAGCGCUUCCCACAGCUGCGGUUGUCCCGCAAGGCCCGGCAGAAGACCAACGUGUUCGCCCCUGACUACGUUGCCGGGGUGUCACCCUUUGCAGAGAACGACAUCUCCAGCCGCUCAGCCACCCUGCAGGUCCGAGACAGCACCCUGGGAGCCGGGCGGAGACGCUUAAACCCCAACGCUUCCAGAAAGAAGUUUGUGAAGAAAAGGUGAACCAGCCUUGAGUUCUGGUGCGCAGCCUCGGUGCCGGGGACAAGCCCUGGGGUCGUGUUCUAGCUGCGUCUCGCAGAACAUCUGCAUGGGUGCCAGGCCUGGCUGGCCAGCAUCUUCACAGUUCACUGCAUCAGGUCGGCUGGAUCGCACUGGGCUCGAGCCACUGGGGAAGAUCGGUGAGCACAGGACAGUGCCAGGCGGAAGUUUCCCAAUGAUACUAUUUUUCUAAGAAAUGUAGCUGCUGGCUCCUGUGCCUGCAGUCAACCAGAUUCUCGUAUCUUGGGAAACUUGAGCUAAAGCAUAAGCCAUGUGCCUAAGGGUCAAUGUCCAGAUUUAUAAGAAUUUCAUAAUAAAACUGAGAACUGCC